AUGACACGGCCCAACUUUCUCAUUAUCGUCGCCGAUGAUCUCGGCUUUAGCGACUGCAGCUGCUUUGGCUCUGAAAUUCAAACACCGAACAUUGACUCUCUUUCCAAUGCAGCGGGUGGAAUGCGGUUCAACUCGUUCCAUGUUGCGGCGGCAUGUUCACCUACUCGGUCAAUGAUCAUGACCGGCACAGAUCACCACUUAACUGGAUUGGGACAAUUAUCUGAACAUAUACGCAAUUCGCCUGCUCAUCAAGGUGCACCAGGUCACGAAGGAUAUCUCAAUGAAAGAGUUGUAGCGAUUCCGGAGUUACUCAAAGAAGGCGGAUAUCACACUAUGAUGUCUGGGAAGUGGCAUCUAGGACUGAAGAAAGAGUAUGGACCCCAUAUGCGAGGCUUUGAGCGAUCAUUCGCGUUACUUCCUGGGUGUGCGAAUCAUUAUGGAUAUGAGCCUCAAUACGGAAAUAUUCUCGAAGAACCACCCAGGUUCUUUGAAACAGCCAUAACAGCACUACACAUGGAGAAUGGGGAGUACCUCAGCGAACUACCAGAAAACUUCUACUCAUCCGACUACUACGCAUCAAAACUCAUUGAAUAUUUCAGUGAUCGCUCCGAAGAAGAAAGGUCCAAGCCUUUCUUUGCUUACCUACCUUUCUCUGCACCUCACUGGCCACUCCAAGCACCAAAGGCCUCAAUGGAUAAAUACCGUGGAAUCUACGAGGAUGGCCCUGAAGCUCUUCGUCUCCGCCGCCUACAAAAAUUGAAAGAUCUCGGAAUGGUCGCACCAGAAGUUGUUCCACACGAUAUCGUCACCGUAUCCGGGGAACCGGAAGAAUGGGACAAAAUGCCAGCUGAUGAGCGAGCCAAAUCUGCCCGAUCGAUGGAAGCAUUCGCCGGAAUGGUAGAUCGGAUGGACGAGAACAUCGGCCGAGUUAUCCAGCAUCUGAAAGAGACAGGAGAAUACGAUAACACGAUCAUUUAUUUCAUGUCGGAUAAUGGAGCUGAGGGAGCUAGUUACGAGGCUACUCCUCUUAUUGGCGAUAACAUUGUCGAGCAUGUCCAGAAAUACUAUGAUAACUCGUUGGAGAAUAUUGGUCGGAAAAACUCUUUCGUCUGGUAUGGAAGCCGGUGGGCACAGGCUGCUACUGCGCCGUCGAGGCUGUACAAAAUGUUUUCUACUGAAGGUGGAUGUCGGGUUCCGCUUGUUGUUAAGCCGGUUAGGAAUCGGAAUGGUGGUGGUCAGGUUGUUGAUUCUUUCUGCACGGUGAUGGAUAUGGUUCCUACUAUUUUGGACUAUGCGGGAUUACAGCAUCCAGGAAGUGUGUGGAAAGGAAAGCAGAUUGAGCCUGUUCGUGGUGUCAGUUGGAAGCCAUUUCUCGAUUCUAUGGCUGCCCCUGGAUCGAAAAGUGCCGCUGGAAUGCUGGCUAUUCAUAGCGAAGACAGUGUUACUGGAUGGGAGAUUGCGGGGAGCGGUGGACUUCGCAAAGGCCAAUUCAAAAUUACUUAUGUUCCUUUGCCGCGGGGACCACAGCGCUGGGAGUUGUUUGAUAUUGUUGAGGAUCCUGGUGAGACCACUGACUUGAGUGAAAAGCGACCUGAUGUAUUCAACGAGAUGCUUCGGCUUUGGGGCGUGUAUUGUAAAGAGGUUGGUGUGGUCGGUCUCGCUGGUGAACUGAAGGACGAACAUGUUAUUGAAGGUGUCCGCGACGAGUUCGAAGAUACAGGUUCUUGGAUCAGAUUCAUUGGCAAGAAGGACAUUCCUGCUGAAAUUGCACACAAGGUUCCUAGUUAG